CCUCCCUCCAAAACCCCAAGCUGAGAGCAUGGACCAGACCUCGCGGCGCUGGCAUCAUGACGCUCGCUCGGUUCUUGCUGGCUGUGAUGUUGGGGGCGCUCCCCGAAGUGGCCAGCGUUGAUCCGAUCCUCAGUUAUCCGCCGUGCCUCCGCUACCGCCAUUCGCCCCCUGGGGGUGCCCAGUACCCCGACUACCGGACGCCUCCGUCACCCCUGUGCCCCCGGCGGGCAGUCCCUGUCCUGCGCCCACACGCUUUCCAGGCUGGACACUCGCCGCCACCUCACCCCGGUCGCUGCCCCGCUGGGCAGCCCGGGGCCAACGUGACGGACCUGGGCUCCCCGUGUCUGAGAUGGGCGGAGGUGCCACCCUUCCUGGAGCGGUCGCCCCCGGCGAGCUGGGCUCAGCUGCGAGGGCAGCGACACAACUUUUGCUGGAACCUGGACGGUGCGAGCAGACCCUGGUGCUUCUAUGUGGACGCCCGUGGCCAGGUGGACUGGAGCUAUUGCGCCUGCAGACUAGGCCCCUCGUUUCCUGUCCUUCGCCUCUCUGGUGGCAGCAGUGUACGUGAAGGUCGAGUGGAGCUCUACCACGCUGGCCAGUGGGGGACCAUCUGUGACGACCAGUGGGACGAUGCAGAUGCAGAAGUGAUCUGCAGGCAGUUGGGUCUCAGUGGCAUUGCCAAAGCAUGGAAUCAGGCAUAUUUUGGGGAAGGUUCUGGCCCCAUAUUGUUGGAUGAAGUACUCUGCACUGGGAAUGAACUUUCAAUUGAGCAGUGUUCAAAGAGUUCCUGGGGUGAGCAUAACUGCGGCCACAGAGAAGAUGCUGGGGUGUCUUGUACCCCCCUUGCAGAUGGGGCCAUCAGACUUGCAGGUGGGAAAGGCAGCCACGAGGGUCGCUUGGAGGUGUAUUACCGGGGACAGUGGGGCACUGUCUGUGAUGAUGGCUGGACUGAGCUCAAUACUUACGUGGUUUGUAGACAGCUGGGAUUUAAGUAUGGCAAACAAGCCUCUUCAAGCCAUUUUGAAGAAAGCCCAGGGCCCAUCUGGCUGGAUGAUGUGAGCUGCUCAGGAAAGGAAACGAGUUUUCUUCAGUGUUCCAGGAGACAAUGGGGAAAGCAUGACUGCAGCCACCAGGAAGACGUGGGCAUCACCUGUUACCCUGGCAGCAAUGGGUAUAAACCCUCCCUGGGUUUUCCUGUAAGACUUAUGGAUGGAGAAAAUAAAAAAGAAGGACGAGUGGAGGUUUUUAUCAGUGGACAGUGGGGAACAGUUUGUGAUGACGGAUGGACUGAUAAGGAUGCAGCUGUGAUCUGUCGACAGCUUGGUUAUAAGGGUCCUGCCAAAGCAAGAACCAUGGCUUAUUUUGGGGAAGGGAAAGGACCCAUCCACAUGGACAAUGUGGAGUGUACAGGAAAUGAGAGGUCUUUGGCUGACUGUAUAAAGCAAGAUAUUGGGAGUCACAAUUGCCGUCACAGUGAAGAUGCAGGAGUUAUUUGUGAUUAUUUUGGCAAGAAAGAGUCAGGUAACAGUCAUAAAGAGUCCCUCUCCUCUGUUUGUGGUCUGAGAUUAUUGCACCGUCGGCAGAAGAGGAUCAUUGGUGGGAAAAAUUCUUUAAGGGGUGGCUGGCCUUGGCAGGUUUCCCUCCGGCUGAAGUCAGCCCAUGGAGAUGGCAGGCUUCUUUGUGGGGCGACGCUCCUGAGCAGCUGCUGGGUCCUGACUGCAGCACACUGUUUCAAGAGGUAUGGUAACAGCAGUAGAAACUAUGUUAUCCGGGUUGGAGAUUAUCAUACUUUGGUGCCAGAGGAGUUUGAAGAAGAGAUUGGAGUUCAACAGAUUGUGAUUCACCGGGAGUAUCUCCCAGUCAGUAAUGACUAUGACAUUGCCCUAGUUAAAUUACAAGGCCUGGAGGAGCAAUGUGCCAGAUUCAGCAGCCAUGUUUUGCCAGCCUGUUUACCACUCCGCAGAGAGAAGCCACAGAAGACAGCCUCCAAUUGUUACAUAACAGGGUGGGGAGACACAGGACGAGCAUAUUCAAGAACACUACAACAAGCAGCCAUCCCCUUACUUCCCAAGAGAAUUUGUGAAGAACGCUAUAAAGGAAGGUUUACUGGGAGAAUGCUGUGUGCUGGAAACCUCCAGGAACACAAACGUAUGGACAGCUGCCAGGGAGACAGUGGAGGACCACUCAUGUGUGAACGACCUGGAGAGACCUGGGUUGUGUAUGGGGUAACUUCCUGGGGAUAUGGCUGUGGAGCCAAGGACUCUCCUGGUGUUUAUACCAAAGUCUCAGCCUUUGUACCUUGGAUAAAAAGUGUCACCAAAUUGUAACUCACACAAACUUCAACAGUAAAUAUUUGAAGAAUUGAUGGAAACUAUUAGCUCCAGUAUUAGAACUACGUAACUAUGGGAAACAGAGACCCAUGUUUCAACUUUUUUAAUAUAUAAAUUGUGUAGUCCUUGCUACCUUUGUGAUAUGAAUACUUUUGGUUAGAUACCUCAGAGUAUUAUCUUUAAUUGCAUUGUACUCUGAUUUAAAUUACUGGGGAAUUUUUUUCUUUUUUUUCAGCAUUCUCCAUUUUUUGACUUUGUAAUAAGGCUGUUUCCAUUUGUUUGGAUUGAGAACAGCCUAUAAUUGAACCAAUAUGGGGUAUGGAUUUGUAGGGAGAAUCCAUAAAGGGUAACUUUAUGCCUCCAAAUGUGGCAUUAGUGUAUUUUUUAUGUUCAAUUCUUUUCAAAAAGUUAUCUUCACCUAUUACCUGUGGCCUUUGUCAAAUGAGCAAAUCGAUGGCCCCAUAAGGAAUUCGUAACAAUUUCUAAGGUGGAAUAGGAUCAUGAAAUCACAUUCACCUGUUACAAUGUAUUUCCCAAUGAAGUCACCUAUUAUUUCCAAGAAUCCUUGUUAAUACUAAAAAAAUUUAAGUGUAAGAGGAAAAAUGUCCACAGCUAUUAAAAAUUGGAUUUAACAUGAAGUUACUAGUUGAAUAUACAAUCAUCAGGCAUAUUAACCUGUCAUAAUAAGCUUUGACAACCACUUGAAAUUCACAACUUAGUAGGCAGAACAAAAUAUUACCGUUAGCACUGUCAUUUUCAGAUUAUGAUGGGAGAGAGCCAUCUACUGGAACUUUCCAGGAAUUGACAUACCCGUGGAGUUAAGACAAACGGCAAGAUUCAAUUCCUUAAAAAGGUUGGAGAUAUAGCUGGGCAGAGCACUUGUGCCUCAGCACCACCGAAACAAAGUUAAAAUGCUUUCUCUUGUGUUUGUAAUGGUAAAUGUAGGGUAUUCUUGAUAGCAAAAGCAAAAUCAUUUUCCAAAUAAAAGGCACAUACCAUUAAGAUACCAAUACUCCUAGAUAAAGGAAGUGUUUCAUGUCAUGGACACUUACUCUGAAUUCCCAGUUUAAAAAAUGUUGAAUAAGAGGUUAGCAUGAACUUUAGUAUGGUUGUAAAUAACUCUUAUUAAAAAUUUUCUCUUGCAUUGAAGCAUGCCCCUUUUGUAAAUCCUACUUUCCAAAAACUGGUGCAAACCUGUAAGUGCUUUAUAGUUUUAUUAUUUUAGAUGUGAAAUUUGUGUCAAUCACGCAUUAAAAAUUUACUAAGAGUCCAUCAUUUCAAUUUUAAAAAACAAAGCAGCAUUCACAUUUAGAGAUAUAUAGCUGCUCAAGGGCCUGAGAAAAAUGUGUAAUACAGGUGAAAAAAUAUCAUUACAGAAAACUUUAAUAGCUGCCUUUGUAAUUAAACUACUGCUGAUAAAAACAUUCAUACAGAUGUUUUAAAUAUACCAGGGAUCUGCAAAUCUAAAUGUAGGAAAGGAGUGGCCUGAAUUUAUAAGCA